AUGGCAGAGCCGACCGAAGAUGUCCUAGUCAAGGUCGCAACCAACGCGGCCGAAGACUUCGUCAAGAGCUUCUACUCCACCCUGAGCAACGAGACAGGCAAGCUCGCCGGCUUCUACAUCAAGCCGUCCCCAUCCCACCCGCUCAAGCCCAAAAUCACCAUCAACGGCAACCUGGUGAAAGACCCGGAGACGUUCGAAGCCACGCUCAACAAACAGAAGGAGCGACCCAGCUACGAUUACAACUCCUUCGACGCUCACCCGCUGAACCACAAUUUCAACGUCGGCGCCGACGAUACGGCUCCCGACAAGGAUGGCAAGAAGAUGAGCAUUGCAGUCAUGUGCAGCGGCAACGUGAAAUACACGCUGGAGGGCGGCAUCGAGACUCAUAGCUUUAGCGAGAGCUUUGUUUUGGUGCCUAAUUGGGACACGCACAAGCCUAAUGCUGCGAGAGGUCUGAAGAAUUGGUUAAUUGCCAGCCAGAAUUUUAGGCAUAUUAGUUGA